GGAAAGACAUGCUGUUGCCCAGUCUUAGGUGGGCCGUCAAUUUUCUAAACAGAGACCAGACAAGCCCAUCCCAGCCCUCCAUUGUCCAUCAAACCCUAAUUCGGUUUAGCCAUUAAAAUAGCAGGGCAUAGUCUUCUUUUCACUCAUUUUCGCGGCGCACACCACUCUCUCUGCACAAUCCGAUCCCACACGCAGCGCCACCAUGGUGAACGUUCCAAAGACAAAGAAGACCUACUGCAAGAGCAAGGAAUGCAGGAAGCACACACUGCACAAGGUUACCCAAUACAAGAAGGGUAAGGAUAGCAUUGCUGCUCAAGGAAAGCGUCGUUAUGAUCGCAAACAGUCCGGUUAUGGUGGUCAGACUAAACCCGUCUUCCACAAGAAGGCAAAAACCACCAAGAAGAUUGUCCUGAGGCUGCAAUGCCAGGGUUGCAAGCAUGUGUCUCAACAUCCAAUUAAGAGGUGCAAGCACUUUGAGAUUGGUGGUGACAAGAAGGGAAAGGGAACCUCUCUGUUCUAGGCAGGAGUAUUAGGAUUUGCAGUUGUACUGUUUUUGAAGUAUCUGAAUGUUUUGUUUCUCUAUGGAUUUCUCCUAGUUAUAUUUUCAUUUUGCAAGACCUUUUUUGUGAGGGAGAUGUGAAAAGUGUUACUAAUAUUAGUGAUCUCUUGUUUCCA